AUGGAUCCGCAACUACUGCUGUUCCGAAGGCAGUACUUGCAACUAUUUGAACCAGACUUUUUAGCAUGGCCUCCAAAGCAGCUAUUGCGGGAUGCUGAAGUCCAAUCGUGGCUGUAUUCGAAUCUAUUCGACAGCGAGAAGCACACAAUGCUCCCGCUCGAGCGCUAUCAGCUUCGGGUGCUCAAACCGUUGCUCAGUAAGAUUGAGCAAGCCAAUGAAGACCCCGAAGAGGAUGUAGGUAUUUCUUCAUCUGCUCCGACUAUCUCAUUCGCCUUCAGCCGCCCACUGCCACUUCUUCAUCCUCUGUUCUGAUUGCUUCUUGCUUGUCAGGAAAUCUCUGACGACCUCAUGUCUCGUCUCUCUUCUCUCAUGUCCGCCGAACUCCCUGCAGAAAGCACAGCAGUGCAGCAGAAAUCCUAUGUGACUUUUACAUGCCUUCCAUCACCGGCAGAGGGAGGAGAAGAAUUCGCCAAAGAACCUACCAUCACACUUCUAGAGCGUCGUCAUCUCAUCUCCGGCUCUCUGACUACUGGAUUUCGGACGUGGGAGGCAGCAUUGCAUCUCGGAUCGUAUUUCCUGAGUGCCGCUGGUCAAGACCUGAUACGGGACAACAGCAUCCUGGAACUCGGAGCCGGGACUGGCUUUCUCUCGAUAUUGGCCGCGAAACAUCUGCAUGCAAGGCACGUAACAACAACGGAUGGCGAUGAAGGCGUCGUUGAAGCGCUACGGGAGAAUCUCUUUCUCAAUGGCUUGGAUGACGGCCAGAGAGUCAACACAAGUAUAUUGAGAUGGGGCCAUGGCUUGAAGGGAACCUGGGUGGAGGAAGACUGCGAAUCUCAUCCCUAUGAUCUCGUAAUUGGAGCCGAUAUCGCAAGUCUCGCGUGUGAUAUACAGUCACGAUCUACGCUGAUGCUUCUCGCAGACGUACGAGAAAACCGCAAUCUCAGCGCUCGUGGCCACUCUGCGAUUCCUCUUCGAACUGCGGCCUAACGUAAAAGUCUUGAUCUCUGGCGCUGUACGCAACGCCGACACAUUCGAAACCUUCAGGAAUGCUUGCUGUGAGUGUGCAGACUGUCCUGAUCUUGAUCUCGCCUUUUCACUGAAUUGCAUUCGCUAGUCCGCAACGAAUUCCAAGUCAUUGAGCAGGACUUCAAGCCGAAACCGAUGCGCGAGCAGACCUCGCUCUUCUGUGCCACCGCUGUGCCUCUGAAAAUUGUGUGUAUCCAGCAGGGUGCGCGUGAGACUGCGAACGUACCCGAGAAGCCUUGA